GGGGGAUUGGGGAAGGCUCUCCCUUUACAUAGCCGGGUCAGCAGGGAAAGUAAUUCCGCGCUCAGUUUCCACACUCCAUCCAAAGCAAGCGUCCAAUUUAAUCAUGAAGCUUUGUCAUCUGUUGUUCCUCGUCCUUCUUCUCAUCUCACUCGGUCCUCUACGCGAUUGUGAGGAGCAGCAAGACCGAGAAGAUAAAAUUGUAAUUGUGACUGUUGCAACUAAGGAGACUGAUGGAUUCAAGCGUUUCAUGAGAUCAGCAAAACAUUUUAAUUAUACCGUCAAGGUCCUUGGUCGGGAUCAAAAAUGGAAAGGAGGUGACGACAUGUCCCCUGGGGGUGGUCAGAAAGUACGAAUUCUUAAAGCUGCCCUGGAGACAAUGAAGGAUGAGGAUAAAAUCAUUGUUUUUGUUGACAGCUAUGAUGUGAUUUUCGCAUCAGGUCCGAAAGAGCUGCUAAAGAAGUUUGUGCAGGCUAAACACAAGGUGGUGUUCUCCUCUGAGACCCUGAUCUGGCCCAACAGACACUUGGAGGACAAACAUCCACACGUUCAGGAGGGCAACAGGUUUCUCGGCUCAGGCGGCUUUAUUGGCUACCUUCCCAACAUCAAGGAAAUGCUUGCUGAGUGGGCGGGAGAAGACAACGACAGUGAUCAGCUGUUUUUCACCAAGAUUUAUAUCAACCCUGAGAAAAGAAAAUCCGUAAAUAUCACACUGGACAGCACAUGCAGAUUGUUUCAAAACCUUCAUGGAGCUCUUGAUGAAGUGGUGCUAAAAUUUGAAGAUCGACAAGUCCGGGCCAGAAAUUUGCUGUACGAUACACUACCGGUCAUCAUCCAUGGGAACGGACCGACCAAGCUUCAGCUCAACUAUCUCGGCAACUACAUACCAAACGCAUGGACAUUUGAGAUGGGCUGCACAGUGUGUCAUGACGAUCUCCUCCCACUCGAGAAUCUUAAGGAAAAUGAAUAUCCUUUGGUGAUGAUGGGUAUCUUCAUUCAGCAGCCCACCCCGUUUCAGUGUGUUUUUGAACGCCUGCUGAAGCUUCAGUAUCCUAAGAAUAGACUCAAGCUUCUUCAUUUCAACAAGGAACCUCAUCACGAGCGUGAGGUCGGCUCUUUCCUGCACGACCACGGAAGUCUUUACCUGGAUAUCACAUAUAUUGAGCCCAAACAUGAGAUAGAUGGCACAACUGCACGCAACAAGGGCUUCAAUAUGUGCAGGAAGGAGAAGGACUGCGACUAUUUCUUCAGCUUGGACGCUGAGGUUGCUUUGACGAAUGAGAACACACUCAAAAUUCUCAUCGAGCAAAACCUGCCUAUCGUGGCGCCAUUGUUGAUGCGAAUUGGCCGACUUUGGAGCAACUUCUGGGGAGCCCUGAGCGCAGAUGGCUACUACGCCAGGUCUGAGGACUACGUGGACCUGGUGCAAGGACACAGGGUGGGAAUAUGGAACGUUCCAUAUAUAACCAGCGUGUACUUGAUGAAGGCCAGCCUCCUCCGCUCGGAGCUUUCAGACGAUGAUCUAUUUCAUUCAAAUCCCAUGGACCCUGACAUGGCCUUCUGCCAACAUGUUCGGGACAAGGGAGUCUUCAUGUAUGUAACCAACAUGGAGACUUUUGGACGCAUCCUAUCAACAGAAAACUAUCAGACCAGUCAUCUGCAUAAUGAUCUGUGGCAGAUCUUUGAAAAUCCCGAGGACUGGCAGGAGCGCUACAUUCAUGAGAACUACACUCAAAUCAUGAGAGGAAAAAUGGUUGAAACUCCUUGCCCAGAUGUAUACUGGUUCCCAGUUUUCAGCGACGUUGCCUGCAACCACCUGAUUGAAGAAAUGGAACACUUUGGGAAGUGGUCAGGAGGCGGUAAUACGGACGAUCGAAUCCAAGGCGGCUACGAGAAUGUCCCCACUAUUGACAUUCACCUGAAGCAAAUCAACUUUGAUAAGGAAUGGCGCCAGUUCUUGGUGGAUUUCAUUGCUCCCAUAACAGAACAAAUGUAUCCUGGUUACCAAACCAAGGUUGAUUUAAACUUGGCCUUUGUAGUUAGAUAUAAGCCCGAUGAGCAGCCCCUUUUGAGGCCACAUCAUGAUUCCUCCACAUUCACUAUAAACAUAGCUCUCAAUCAGAGGGGCCCUGAUUACGAGGGUGGCGGCUGCAGGUUCAUCCGUUACGACUGCGCCGUGGAAGCACCGCGCAAAGGCUGGGCCAUCAUGCACCCGGGCCGCCUUACCCACUACCACGAAGGCCUGCCCACCACAUCUGGCGUCCGCUACAUCGCAGUGUCGUUUGUGGAUCCUUGAACUCUCGCUCAUCAAAACUGAUGCCCACAAGCAGCACAUUUAAAGAGGAAGUCAACCCCAACAUUUUCUUUGAGUUAAGCAGAAAAAUUCACCCAUUUUUACCCAUCUAAGUAAGUCCUGUUUAAUUCAAAUUCCGCAAACAAAACAAUCGGUAACUAGUUAGGCUGCACAGAAUAUAUUACAAAGAACAUUCUUGGGUUGACUUUGUCUCUAAGCAUUUGAUUAAGCAUCACAAGCGUUGAUGGCUUCGUAGUUGAUUCACUGUCUACUACGCAUUGUGCCUGCCUUCAAGAUGUGUAUUUUAUGAUGCAAAAAAGGGAACUUGGGCCAGUGAAUUUAAAAUUGUACAUAUGAGACUUUGUGACCCACAGUUGUCCUGUCAAACAAUUACUAAUAUUUAUUUUUUUCCAUGUCAAGUGUGAAUGUUGACAUUGAGUCAUUUGUAGCUUUCGUUGGCCGCAAAUGUCAACACCGAUUACGACAAAACUAUUUCUCAAAUUCACAACAUUGAAGUGUUCCACCUUUUUGCCUUAACUGUCUUUUAAAGAUGAGCAAUAAAACAUCUGUCAAUCCUGA